AUGGCUGAUCCGCGUUUUGUUCAGCAACCCAGCCUUGACUACAAGUCUAUACAGCCGAAGCGGCAGACUAGAAAAAAAUCUUCUAAUGUGCCUAAAAUGUCUUUAGAACCGAGCUUGCAACAAUUUACAUCAACUGAGCAUUGUUCAUGCCAUCAUAUUAGCUCUACUCUACCAGCGAGCGGAAAAGAGUUACUUUAUUCUAAACAGCCAUUAAAUUCCAGAGGACAGUCAGCAGAUGAGGAAUCGAUAAAACAUCGGAAAAAGUCGAAUGAAAGACACAAAAAUUUUAAAACUGGGUCUGCUUCGGCCACCUCCUUAACUAUCACUUCUACACCAUGUGUCCAUACCUCUGAAGAAUUUCAGAUAGACUUAUUGUCUGAAUCAGAAGCACGAUCGUCUCGAACUGGCUUGCAACAGAGAGGUCUUCUAUCUGCGCAGAAAAGUAUGGAUAAUAAGGUUUGUAGAGAACAUGAAAUUACAGCCAUAUCUUUGGCCGAAAAAGGCAAGUCAUCGAUAUCUCAUCAUCCGGAUGAACAAAUGCCUGGUAUUUUGGUGAGCAAUCAAAUUACUAGUAGGUCAUAUACAAAACAUUAUGCUAAUAGCGAAAAACAGGAAGCCGAUCUGGGUCACUCUAUGGCACCACUAGGCCAUGUUAUUCGGAAGCCACAGAGUGAAUCAGGACAUUCCAAUGGUUUACUAAAACAAAAUUAUAAAGGAAUUACCAAGUCUAUGAGUAAGUCAGAAAAACAAUGA